CUUCGGGAUGGACACAUUUCUCCUUAUGGGACAACGCUCACUCCAGUCUCUUUGCUCAAACUCGCCGUCUUAGAUCAUUUUACCAGAAAUACAAGAGCAGAGCUGAAGGAAAAAGUCACAGCAAACCUAUUUUCUUCAUCACAUGCUAAGGGGAGAGACUGCUCUAUUCGCCCAAUGAUAACUGGUUGAUGAAAAAUCCCACAGCAAAAGGAAUGGACACAUUUGGAGUGAGCUGCUUGCCGAUGUUUGACAACAUAAUAGAUCAAACAUAUGGAGAAGUAAACCAGCUUGGCGGGGUUUUUGUCAACGGACGACCACUGCCAAAUUCGAUUCGGAUCCGAAUUGUGGAAUUGGCUCAACUUGGAAUACGGCCCUGUGACAUCAGUAGACAGCUUCGUGUCUCUCACGGAUGCGUGAGCAAGAUACUAGCGAGGUACAAUGAAACGGGUUCCAUACUACCUGGUGCCAUAGGAGGAAGUAAACCCCGGGUCACGACACCCAACGUGGUGAAAAGCAUACGGGACUACAAACAAGGAGACCCUGGAAUAUUUGCUUGGGAGAUCCGGGACAGGCUUCUUGCGGACGCAGUUUGUGAUAAAUAUAAUGUACCUUCUGUUAGCUCCAUCAGCCGAAUUUUACGCAACAAAAUAGGAAACCUUUCCCAGCCAGGCCAGUAUGAGAACAGCAAGCCUCCCCCUCCUCAGCUCUCCUACAACCAUAUGUACCCGUACUCAUACCCUAGCGCAAUGUCACCCACUGGGACUAAAAUUGGCAACGGUCCGGGUGUUCCAGUCACUGCAGGCCAUGUCAGCCUCUCCCGCCAUGGAUGGCCUUCGGUACACACAGUCAGCAACAUUUUGGGCAUCAGAGCCUUCAUGGAUCCCGCAGCCAUCGCUGGAGCUGAAGGGUACCCAUCAAAAAUGGAAGAGUGGGCAAGCGUAAACCGAGCCACGUUUUCCUCUGCCCAUGGAGUCAAUGGAAUAGAGAAAUCCCCCCUAGAACCAGACAUUAAGUACCCCCAGUCUUCUCCAAACCUAACUAGUUAUGUCCCUGCUUGUGCCUACUCUCCCCCAAACCAAUACGGGGUAUAUGGUGGCCCGCCGGGUAACUACAUGACUGCUGGUCACCACUGGCAGACACAGGGCGCGAGCUUGGCCCACCCCAACAGCGGAGCAACCAUGCAAUGCGGAGACCUUCACACGACGAUGUCCUUCAAACCACGAGAAGGAGACAGAAAACCUCUCAGUCCCUUGAGCAAGCACCAGCACGAGCCGUUGAGCGUGCAUGGACUAUCUCUCCCCACCUCUGCCUCAUAACCCAACUAAACCAAGGGACCAUCAAGCUCACUUCAAAAAUGCCAUGUAAAGAAAAUGCGUAAACUUAUUGGAGUAUUUUCAAGAAUUCCACCCGUAAGUGACGAACCUACAUUCUCAAAAUCAUUCAGUGACGGUUUAAAUGCAUCAUGUCAACUGAAAUGUAAAAUUAUCAAAUGUCGAAAUGAAUGUUUUACCGUGUUGUUCAUCUGCGCCAAACCAUUUGUGUCGUUUACGACUUAAUUUGCAUAUCUCUACUGUUUCACUCAUUCAAAAAACAUCCCAAUUCAAAAUUGUAGAGAUCUAUUUAUGUGGGCUAAUUGUCUUGCACAGGGUCACAUUGUUUCUCACCAUAGGCCUGCAUGCUUUCUGUGUUAAACGUCAACAGUCUCCAUUUGUUAUGGCCUGAAGUGGAAUGUUCAAAAUGUGAACAAUACCAUGUAUUUGUAAUUUUGUAAAUGAUUUCCGCAAAAGCUGUAUUAUAUAUAUUUUUUAUAACGGUGCUUAAUAAAGGCAUACUAAA